AUGAAUCGUAGAUAUGUAUGGUGCUCGCUAGACUGUAGUGCAGUGAGUGAGUGGAAGAAUUUGUCCCCCGGACUAGGAAGAAUGCGAUGGUUGUCGAAUGAUCUGCUGGAUAAUUUCUUGAACCUUAUUGUCGAAGCAUUUGAUGAUCUCAAUGUGCCAUCGAUCAACAUCACUCGCCUCACAGCCGUAAAUCUCCGUGCUUUUUUACCAGAGAACGUCACUGAUGCUAUUAUUGACUGGUUCCUCAGGAAAAUGUGCACGAAAACAGAGGAAGGAGAUUAUAACGUCAAUCCGGAACCAUUUGUUCGCGCCCGAGCUGCUCAACUUUUGCGAGCUGUUGCGAAGUUGGAAAUGCAAACAUUCGAGAAACUACUCGAUGAGAUGUUGCCUGUUGGAAUCAAAAUGGAGCCUUCACACCUUCUUGGCAUCUCAGUUCACUCGGAGAAUGUUCGAGGAAAGUUCAUUUCGUAUCUCAGUGCUGAAGACUUACCAGAAAAUCCAAGAGCUCGAUUGGAUGUGCUCUUUUCCAUGCAAAAGCUAUGGACACUCGAAGAAAUUUCACCCUUCCUGUCCGACAUUUGUGCGAAUCCCAAGGAUAUGGAGGUUCUCAUGUACGGGAUGUGCCGAAGUCUUUAUCGAGAAGAUGGAACAAGAUGCUUCUGCUCACUGCGUCCCGUUUAG